GGCAUGGAGAGGGCAGGAUCAUCUCCUCACCGCCUCCCUGUGUGUGAUCAGAGCCAGCCAUGGAGGACAUGGGAGAGGAGCCGGGACAGGGGCAAGGAGACCUCCAGGACACAACCAAGAUUGACAUGUCCCUGGAUGACAUAAUUAAGCUUAAAAAAGAAGAAUCGGAUCCUCGGCCGUCCUCAAGCCAGGCUGGUCAGGAAGUAAGGACAAGAAUACAUUUUAGAAACAUGAGAUUUUUUAGAGCUCCACCAAGAAAUCAACAAGGGCCUCUCAGAUCAAAGCCUGGUUUUAAACAACAAAGAUUUUCUCGUUUCAAUACAAGAAAUGCAUCCUUUGGACCAGUUACGCGGCAAAGAGCCACGGCAACCUUCCAUGGUGUGAGUCCACUUAACCGGCCCAACACAAAUACACCGAGUUCUCAGAACUUGGGGCAAGCACAAUCACAGAAGGCAAGGCCGAUCACAAAGAAGUAUAGAGCAUCACCUGUGCCUGUACAGAUGAUCACUAGGAGCAGAAACAACUUAAAAAACAAAGCACUACAGUUUAGAACUGGUCAAGGCCAACAAAGAAGAAAUUCAGUUAAUGAAAACAAAAGACUAACACAGCAGAUCAAGAUGAACCGUGGCAACAGGCAGCUGAACACCAGAAGGUGGCAGAACGAUGAGGGCUUUGGAACAACUCUAACAGUAUCUGUGGCUAACCCUAAAGCAAAUCGAGGUUCACAAGCCAUCAAACCAAGAAUGAAGCAACCUGGUGGUAAAUUUAGGAAACCGGGAGUUCGGCCAUCAGGACCUCUUCCUAAAGGUGUGCCUUUGAGAUUCAACUUCCGAGCUAUGGCUAAUCACACUAAUGUCACACUGAAUGAUCGGUUUUCCUCCCUCAAGAUUAAAGGACAGUUUACACCCGGCAGAAGAGGGGGUCGGACAGUCACUCUUGCUUAACAUCAAUUUUAUUUCCUAGGAAGAGAGGAACACAGCUAAACUUCAACUUCUGCUCCAGGACAUUUACUUCUGGAUGGACAAGUCACAUUCAAUGCAAUGCAUUGUGGACCUGUGCUAUAAAACUUGGUAAUGUUCAGAUGUUUGUGCUGACAGUGUAACAAAAUCCAUUAAAGUAAACUAUAAUGGCUGCAAAUAUUUUUAAACUUGCUGUGUUGGACUGAUAUUAUACAUGAUCUUAUGUUUAAGAGGUUUAUGAGGGAGGUGGGGCUUAGAAGCACUUGACCGCCAUGAAUGGCUGUCACGGCGGUCACGUGAUCUGAAAACUCCCGAUCGCAAGCAGCAAUCGGGAGCUUUCAGUUAGGUGCCCAUAAGUGUGCCGGGUGCGCGCAUCACACGCGCUCUCAGAACAGCUGUAUUGACAGCAAUUCACGCAAUUAUGUGGCCUCUCGGUGCCAAGGACCAGGCGCCAAGAGGCCGCAUAUUUGCGUGUGGAUGAUGUCAAAGUUUUAAGCUUCAGUAAAAGGUAUGGUAUGAAGCCGGCAGUAUGCAUUAUCCAAUUUCUGCCCCUGCACAAACCCCCAACCCUAGGAACCCCAAUUUUGUUUACAAAAAGUGACAUUAAUGGUAUUUUUUUACAUUUAAAAAAAAAAAAAAAACCUUUUAUACUUACCUGCUCUGUGACGUGGUUUUGCACAGAGCAGCCCUGAUCCUCCUUUUCUCAGGUCCCCCACUGAUGCCCCUGGACCCUUCUCUUCUUCAAGUGUCCCAAAGCAAGCUGCUUGCUAUGGGGGAACUCGUGCCUGCUCACUCCCAAUACAUACGACACACAGAACGGGGCUCGCCCCAACUCUCUUCUUACUGGCUGUGAGCUCAGUCAAUCAGGAUGGAGAGCCCUGGGAUAGUUGCCGCUCUCAUGCACUUCACUGGAUCAUGAUUGGGCUUGGCUAAGAAUAAGGGGGCUGUGGGGGGGCAGAACACUGCCUGUUUAUUUUACCUUCAUGCAUAGAAUGCACAAAGGUAAAAAACCUUUAGAACCACUUUAAAUUGAUACUGACAGUGCCAUCUGGGAAGACAAUUAAAAACAAGAAUUUUAUUGAGAGUAGUAUUUAAAUGCAGGGACAUUUCUAGGUUUAAAAAAUAUCUUGGGAUAGAGCUCAUAACCAAGUAAGAAAACAAAGAAAUUGAUGAAUAUGAACUUUUUCUAGUACCCUAGCUCUGGAAGAUGCUUGAGUCUCCAUCUUACUUGGGUCUACACUGUGGACGUUUAGUGGCAAUAAAAAAUAUAAGGUGUGGUUCCAUCCAUCCCAUAGCUAGCUGUGCUCAGAUUUGGGUUGAAGAACAAGACUACAGCACCAUACAGUAUCUAUCUGAAACCAAUUAGGCUUUAUCUUUUAAAUUACAAAAUAAGGUUUCUAUGAGUAACAUAGGAUUCUAUGGAUAACAGCUUCAGUUUAGAUCUCAUGUUCCUUGAUUUAACAUUCACACACUGCACAUCAGCCACAUUAAUGGCAGGAAGCGCACACUCUAGAUCAAGGAAAAUAA